UCCUAGCUGGACGGCUGGGUCCCAGCCAGGGACCUCGCUGGCUUUUGCUUGCUGCCAGCGGGGAGGUGAAACUUUGAGGAGAGGAAGAAGACCCAGCGCAGGGGCUCUGGGACCACCUUGCUUCCACGUGGAUCCCCAAGCAUGGGGUCUGCAGCUGCCCUGCCUUGCCUGCUACUUUGCAUCCUACACCUCACAGCUGGAGCAUCUGCAAAGCCGCACUACAUGGUGUUAUUCCCCGCCGUGCUCUACUACCCAUACACAGGCAAGGUGCACAUCCACCUCAUGGACCUGGACGAGCCCGUGCGGGUGACCCUCCACCUGGCAAGCAGCCACGGCGUCCCCAAUGUUACCCUGGAGGAGCAGGGCAGUGAUAUCCUCCAGCUGAACUGGCCCUGCUUCUCCAACAUUUCUACCCCUCCUGCAAGGAUCUAUGAGGUUGCGCAUCUUCACGUCUCCAUCCAGGGAGGUUCCCUGCAGGUCUCUGAGUGGAAGAAAGUCCUGGUGAAAGGCCUGGAGCUGGGGACCUUGGUGCAGACAGACAAGGAUGUCUACAAGCCUGGACAAACUGUGAAGUUUCGAAUUGUCCGUUUGGAUCAAAACUUCAUUCCCAGCAACAGGGAGCUUCCCUUGGUGGCCGUGCAGGAUCCCUACAGAAAACGCGUGGCAGAGUGGCGGGAGGUGAUCCCGCGGCAGGGCAUCGUGGACCUAUCCUUCCCGCUGGCUGCAGAGCCGGCCCUGGGCACGUACAUCAUCGAGGUGGAGGGGAAGAGCCAUUCCUUCAGCGUGAAGAACUAUGGGCCGCCCCACUUUGAACUGCUGAUCCAGCUGCCCCGUGUUGUGACAGUGAAGGACGAGAAGAUCCCACUGGAUGUCUGUGGGCGGUACCCGUCCGGGAAAACUUUCCGGGGAAUGGCUGAGGCCAGGCUGUGCCAGUCCCACAAACAUAUUUUACCAGAGGGAUCUGCGAGGAUCUGUGCUGAGUUUAGGGGCCAGACGGGGAGGAACGGCUGCUUCUCCACCAAGGUGCCGGUGGCUUCCUUCAACCUGACCGGCUUGCACUACGAGAAUCAGCUCUAUGCCUAUGCAUCGCUGCUGGAGGAGGGGACCGGGAUGUCGCGUACAGCGAUCAAAAGCUGUAUGAUUGUGUAUGAAAUGGCCACGAUCACCUUUGAAAACACCGAUAAAUUCUACAAGCCUGGGAUUCCCUACACUGGGACGAUGCUGCUGAAGGGAACCAAUGGCUCUGCCCUGAAGGAGAAGGAAUUCCUUCUUGUGGUUAAUGCUAGAGGAGAAAUGCAAAGGAAAACCCUGCUUACGGAUGCAUCCGGGAGAGCCUCCUUUGAGCUGGACACUUCUGAUUGGAAUGACAAGGUCUCCCUGCAUGGUGAGCUCAAGGAUGACCCUCCAGCCUCAGAGCAUGAAGAAAAGGAGUAUCUCAACUACAAAAGUGUCACUCGCUACCUGUAUCCCUUCUCUUCGGAUAGCAAAAGUUUCCUGAAGAUCAGCAGGCUGGAAAAGAAGCUGCUCUGUGGCCAGACCCAGCAGCUUGGGGUGGAUUACUUGUUUGAUAAGAAGGCCAUGGGGACUGAGCUGCAAAGUCUGGAUGUGGUCUUCCUGGUCCUGGCCAAGGGGACCAUUGCCACCGUCCUCAGCAAAGAGGUGCCUGCAGAGGCUGGGCUGAGAGGCUCCUUCUCCCUGGAGCUGCCCAUCGGCCCCGAGCUGGCACCCACAGCCAAGGUGUUGGGCUACGCGGUGCUGCCCGAUGGUGAGAUGGUGGCUGACAGCACCGAGCUCAAGGUGGCCAAGUGCUUCCCCAGCAAGGUGAAUCUGUCCUUCUCAGAGCAGAGGGCUCUGGUGGGCUCACGGCUCCGCCUGAAGUUGGAAGCUGCCCCGCGGUCACUGUGUGCCAUCCACAUCGUGGAUCAACGCAUGUGGUCCUCCGGUCUCAAGGUCAAGCUCAACCCCAGCAUGGUCUAUAACUUAUUCCCAAUGUUUCCUGAAGACAGCUAUCCUGCUGAAGUUGAAGAACCUGAUUCACCUCUCUGUUUGGGAAACGGGUUCGGAGGCUUGAUGGUAGGCCGUCCAGCCAUUAGCCUUUUUGAUGUGCCAUGGAAACGUUGGCACCGCAGCCUGUGGCGCAGGGAGGUACCGGUGUCUGACAUCCAGCCAGGCUCCUAUGGCCUGGUUAAGGAUGCAGGUUUGAAAACUGUCACCAAUGCUCAGCUGGGCUGCGCACCAAACAUCCACUUCCACAGCCCUUUAUACCCGCAAGGAGCAGGACUGGAGAAGGAUAAGCAGGCCGGUGUCAUGCUGGACACAGGGAUGCAGGUGGAUUUCCUGGGGACAUGGCUGUGGGAGCUGGUCCCUGUGGGGGAGGGGGGCUCUGCAGAGGUGACGGUGACAGUGCCCGAUGCCAUCACCGUGUGGGAAGCCGGGAUGUUCUGCACGUCCCCGUUGGGCUUGGGGCUGGCUCCUGCCAUCAGCCUCACGGCCUUCAAGCCCUUCUUCGUGGAGCUGGCGCUGCCCUACGCUGUGGUCCGCCAUGAAGCCUUCACCCUCGUGGCCACCGUCUUCAACUACCUGCGGCAGUGCCUGCGGGUUCAGGUGACGCUGGCGGAGUCGGCGGAGCUGGAGGUGUUGGAGGGCACAGGCAGGGUGUACAGAGGCUGUGUCUGUGCAGAUGAAGAGAGGACCUUCCAGUGGAGCGUGCGAGCCACCAGCCUGGCUCCCUGGGACAGCUCUGAGCUGGAGCCAGCCCCUGAGGCAGUGUCACAGCAACGUCCUCCAUCUGCCUCUGCAGAGAAGGUGAACGUCACCGUCAUCGCCGAGGCCCUGCGCUCUGAGAAGCUCUGCGGCACCGAGAUGCCGGUGGUGCCAGCCCGGGGGCACACGGACACCGAGACAAAACUCCUGAUGGUGCAGCCUCCAAAAGAGAUGUGAAGGAAAAUUGCAGCUGCCUCUGCUCCUGACCCCAUCGUACCCCACCAGAGAGCCGCGGUCUUGAGGGCUGGCAGCCUUUUCCCAUCCCUUCGUCCCCUUUGCCUGACCCGGCAGGAGCCUGCGGCAACAUGGUUGAGAUGAGGACUCCGAAACCCAGCCCUGCUCCCCAGCAGCCCUGCCAUCCCGUGGAGGUCGGGGGCUGCCCAGGGAGCAGCCGCUUUGCUGCUCACUGCGGAGUCGUGGUUUCCCUUCAGCUGAUGCCAGUGCAAUCCCUCAGAGACGGGACCAGGGCCGGUGAGCUGACCCUGGGCUGACAAAAAGCCUUGGGAGAUCAGUGCAAGCCUGAUGGCUGGGCACGGAGAGGAUGCCCAGGGCUGCCCUGAGUGCAGCCCUGACCCUGUCCCUGCUCAGCCAGGUUGAAAAAUGAACUAAAAUGCAAGUGGGAUAAGGGAGGUGAAAGCAGCAAAAUGUUUUUCUUGCAAGAAAGCUCCCUUUCUUCAGGCUCUUUCCUACCAGCCCUGACCAAAGCCAGCCUUGUGUCCCCAAACACACUUUAUAUUAGGGGCUCAGCACUCCUGUCUGCCUUAAUGAUGUGUAAGAGUGUGUACCUUCACUUUGCUUUGCUGAAUAAAAAGCUGAGACCAAA